UUCAAAUGUCAAACACCACGACACGCGUCACGGCAGGGCAGCGCAGGGCCGCAGGGCACCCCCAAUCGAGGCAGUCCGAACCACAUGAGCGCCUGUUGGAGGGGCAUGUACAGAUUCCAACCGCUGCCCCUCCCUCCGUCCUUUUCUCGGAAUUGGAUCACUACAAGAUUGCUUUGUUUACUCGACUUCCCUUUUUGGUUAUAAUUGUGGAUCCUCUCCUUUCCCUGUGCGGGUCCUGUGCGACCCAAAAGGCGCAGACUCGGAGCAGCACUGCACAACAUGUUCCUGACGCUGUUGUUCAGCGUUCAUGCACAUCAACUCCGUGCUUAUUUGAAGUUCGAUUGGUUCAAUCCACUUACUUGGUUGAUAUUUGCACACUCGCCAUGGUGUCCUUGACGCCAGCAAACGAGGAAAGGGGUGAAGCGGCCAAUGGAGUCAGUAAUUCCCAACCUGGAAUCUUUCUCUCCUUCUUUUUCUUGUCCCAUAAUGGGAAUAAUCAAACACAGGCCAAGUGGCCGAAGAGACGCAUCGCUGAAGUACGGACGGAAAUCGGCCUGGUUCCGUUCCUUGAGGUUCGAAACUUUGAUGGAGAUGGAUGCCGAAAGGUUGAGCAUUGAAGAGGAUUGAAGUGGUGGUGAAUUGAAGAGGGGGCUUACCGGUGGUCUUGUAAAAACAAUGGUGCUCGAAAGCCGUCCCCGCAGCAGCUAUCCGGACUUCCGGAGCAGUCGGUUCCAGGUUGGCUUCCAGGCUUUUUUUUAGUUAUCUGACUUCACGACUAUUGCAUUCACAGCCAGCAUCAACGCUGUCACGAGGUUUCUGAGGCACGGGGGCUGCGGCUUUCGGCAAUGACGCGUAUAUUGGCUGCAGCAGACAACCUGAAACUCCGCGCUCGUGUUGGCGGCUUCGAGGUUUUCGCUGGUGGUUGCUUUGGUCCGGUGUAUGCUGAGGUUUCUGUCGGGCCUCCGGUGCUGCGAGUGAAGGAUCAUAAUAUGCAGUCAUAAGUUGGCUGAACCUUUGCCCUGAUCUGCC